UUUUUUUUCUCCCUCUACACAUUAUAUUAUUAUCAAACCCCAUAUGUUAGUGUAUAAAAUUUUUUAAAGUUUAUAUCUAAAUUUUGUUUGAGUAUUAAUUUUUAUCCAACCCAAAAUUUUCAUUUCCUAUAUAUUUAUAUAUUUUCCAUAUUUUUAUAAUAUCUAAUUACAAAUAUUUUAAGAAUUUUCAAAAAAUUUCAUUUCUACCAUCACUUUUUUUUUUUUGUUUUGGGGCCAGUUCUGAUGAGAAAACUCAGAAAAGGAAGGGAUUGCAGGGUACGACUGGAAAUUCAAAAUGGAGAAGGGUUCAGGCAGAAGAGGAGCAGGUGGAGAAGUAACAAUCUCCAGGCAAAUUCCAGAGGCUCAUCUUUCGAGAACAUUAGGCUUCUUUCAACAUAUAGGAGUCACUGCAGACCUCCCUCCCAAUUGCCAGGAAAAGGAUUUCUAUUCUCAUCUCAUUCGGGGCAUUCUCCAAGUCCAACGGGUGGAGCGUGGCCACCUCACUUGCCUCUUCUGCGUCGUGCCUGCUGUUGCGAAUUAUUAUGGAGGGCUACAUGGAGGGGCCGUUGCUAUCAUUGUGGAGUUGGUGUCGAUUGCUUGUGCUAGAACUGUGGUAGCUGAGGACAAGGAACUCUUUCUCGGUGAAUUGAGCAUGUCAUAUCUCUCUGCUGCACCAGCUAAAGCAGAAGUGGUCACCGAUGCAUCUGUAGUGAGGAGUGGAAGAAAUGUAACGGUAAUUGCAGUUGAGUUCAAAAUGAAGAAAACCAGCAAGCUGAUUUACACCGGCCGUGCAACCUUCUACAACAUGCCUAUUGCAAAAUUAUGAAGAUCCCUUUGGUUUUACUCCUUGGAAUAUCGGUAUCUUGUUGGGUAACUUGCCCUAGAAAAUACCUAUUGCAAUUUCAUAUCAAGUUUUCAUCAUCCUAUUAUAUAUAUUUGAAAAUAAAUAAAACCCUUUCUUUAGUAACACAAGAAA